AAGGGGAUCCGUUCCAGUGACAGGAGCCGCUGCUUUCCUCGCCACUGUCGACUCUCAAUGGGUUAAGGAAAGGGCUUUGCUGCUGCCAGCAGAGGCCCCUCGAUUUUGCUCCGAAAGGCAGAGAGGAAGUGGCCGCCUCGCUCCCUUUCUGGCGAGGAACAUCCUGGCGCAGAGUCAGGCGACGUCCUGUGCAAAUGCUAAUCUGCCCCCCGCGAAGUCGUGGCGGCGAGAGAGCGGCGCGCUGGACUCGGGGGAAGCGGACCGAGGAGGGGACUGAGCCGAGCCCCGCGGCUCCUUUGCAAGGGAAAGCAUUUCGACGCCGCCGAUCCUGGUUGGGAUUGUGUCUUUUCAGCUGGUGAACAGACAAUGGAGGAAUUUCCUCUGGAGCGCUGUCUUGAGCAGGUGGAACUUCAUAUAGUGCAACAGCAGGAAUACCCUGUAUACAGGGCAACAACAAGAAUACCCCAAAGGAAUAUUUCCCAGGUUUCACAGGUAGACGAAGCUUCUGAAGAUCAGCAGGAAUCAGACACAUUAAAGGAUAAAUGUGUGGAGUCCAGAAAACAGGGGUCUGCUCCUACAGAAGGAGGCAAUGAAGUCAUAAAAUACCCUAUUCAUGGAAGAAAAUGUAUGUCCAAUAAACAACAUCCAUGUCCCGAGUGUGGGAAGAUCUUCAACCGGACUUCAUCCCUUAAUGCCCAUCGGAGAGUCCACACAGGCGAGAAGCCGUAUAAAUGUGCUGAGUGUGGGAAGAAUUUCAGUAAGAGUUCACACCUCAUUGCUCAUCAGAGAAUCCAUACAGGCGAAAGACCCUACACUUGUGUAACUUGUGGGAAAAGCUUCAAUCAUUCCUCACAUCUCAUUAUCCACCAGAGAACCCACACUGGGGAGAAACUCUAUAAAUGUCUAGAGUGUGGGAAAAACUUUCGGUACAGCUCUGAUCUCAUCAGACACCAGAUUGAGCAUGAGGGAGAAAAACCUUACAAAUGUCCUGACUGUGGGAAAUGCUUCAAUCGGAGUUCAAACCUUCUUAUACACCAGAGAAUCCACACAGGAGAGAGACCCUACAAAUGUCUUGAGUGUGGGAGAAGCUUCAGCUACAGCUCAGUCCUGAUCAGGCAUCAAAGAGUACACACAACUGAGAAACCUUAUAAAUGCCCAGAGUGUGGGGAAGGUUUCCAUGUGAAUGCCAGCCUCAAGACGCAUCAUAGAGUGCACACAGGAGAGAAACACUAUUCAUGCCCAGAGUGUGGGAAAAGUUUUAAAUGGAUCUCACACCUUGCUAGGCAUCGAAAGAUUCAUGCAGUGGAGAAACCAACAUUUCCGCUAUUUUCAGCUCCAUCAGCGGAGGUCUGGGGGCGGGGGGAUCUGGAGGUCAGCUGCCCUGCGUGCACCACCGGAGACAGGACUACCCAGGCCCUAAAGAAGACUGUCACUCCCGCGCGAACUUCUCAAAGGAGGAGCAGGAUCUGCAGGGAGAAAGCAAGAAAGACCCUUCUUGUAGCGUUUGCUCAAGGUGAUGAAAUGGCUACUGAGGAACAGCCACCCAUAAAAGGAGAUCCAGAGCAAGUGGAAACUGAAAUGUUGCCAGCUGAGAGAUCUGCAGAGAGAGUUUUUCCCAGCUGCAAACAGGAAAGAGACCCCGAGAGCAGGGAUUUGCCAGAGAGGCAAGGAACAUCUGUCUCAGCCAAAAUACCAGGCAGGGGCACUUACCGCAAGGACAAGCGGUUAAAAAGCUUGGACCAGAUUGUUAUCCAGCAGUUGAUACGCAUCGGAGAGAGCAAGGUUGUCUGCAGGAAGCAGGAGGAGGGCUUCCAUCAGAGCUCCCACCUGGUAAAGCCUCAAUUUGUUCACUUGGGAGAGAAACCCUAUCUGUGUAUCGUCUGUGAAAAAACCUUCCGCAACCAUUCUGGUCUGAUGGUGCAUCAGAGGAUCCACACAGGUGAGAAGCCCUACAAGUGCCCCGACUGUGAGAAGAGCUUCAACCAGCGAUCCCACCUGACCUCCCAUUGGGGGACCCAUACGGGAGAGAAGCCCUUUAAAUGCUUCGACUGUGGGAAAAGCUUUAGCUACAACUCUGGUCUUGUCAUACACCAGAGAAUCCACACUGGAGAGAAGCCCUACAACUGCUCUGACUGUGAGAAGAACUUCAGUCAGAAGUCCCACCUGCUCUCGCAUCAGCGGACCCACGUGGGAGAAAAAUCCUUCAAAUGCCCUGAUUGUGGGAAAAGCUUCAGUUACAACUCAGGCCUUGUGAUCCACCAGCGAAUCCACACUGGGGAAAAACCCUACACGUGCUCGGACUGUGGGAAGAGCUUCAAUCAAAGAUCGCAUCUCAUUUCUCACCAAGGCAUUCAUACAGGACAGAAGCCGUAUACAUGUAAGGACUGCGGGAAGAGCUUUAGCUUCAACUCUGGGCUAGUUAUCCACCAGCGGCUUCACACUGGAGAGAAACCUUAUAAGUGCCCCAGCUGCGGGAAAAGUUUCAAUCAGAAAUCACAUCUCAUUUCACACCAGAGAGUCCAUACUGGGAAACAACCUUGACUCGGCAAGAAACUGAUUCCUAUUCUAUUAUGUCUUCUUCCUGAGUUGUAAAGUCUUGGACUUGUGCCAAUUAGCUUAGAAGGAGCAGUCCUUUGCUGGCACUUCUGAACCAGUGGUACCUCGAGGCAGUGGGCUCAUAUUAGGACUGAAGUUUGUAUGUAUAUUCUGAACAUUCAUGCCAAAAGAAGGACAACGUGCAGCUACAUUGUACCCCCCCUCUCCCCAAUCCCCUACAACUGGCUGAAAAUCCAAGGGUGAAAUAAGAAUGGGAAUUAAAAAAUCCAGUGUUAAAGUACUUUAAUAUACAUUUUCUGUUUUGUAACCAAAAGGAACAAAAAUAAAGAUCUAACCAUCUGCAGCUAA